AUGAGAGCCUGGCGACGGCGACCAGCACCAUGCGCCGCGCCCUCAUCUGACACCGCUUGCAGGCGACCCUUCACCAGCUCACGUGCACUUCAGCGACAGGCUUCCAUCGCACAUGUCUUGCGGAGUAAUGCACAGCAAGAUGAAAUCGAGGUGACCGGAUGGGUGCGCUCGGUGCGGACGCAGAAGCGAGUCGCAUUCGUGCAUCUUGGAGAUGGAUCCACGACUGAGCCCCUGCAGGCUGUGCUGAAGCCUGUGCACGCGGCAGAUCUCUCAUACGGCUCGGCAAUCAGCUUGAAAGGUCUCUGGCAAGCCUCGACGGGAGGCAAGCAACGCCAUGAACUGCAAGUCUCCAGUAUUCGCGUGCUGGGCGAAAACAAUGCUGAGAGCAAUCCGCUGCAACCAAAGUAUCAGACUGCAGAGUAUCUGCGCACCAUCCCGCAUCUGCGCCCGCGCAUACCCACCAAUUCUCUGCUGCUUAGGCUCCGUUCGCAAGUCAUAGCCACGAUCACGGCAUUCUUCAACGAGGAAGGCUUCGUGCAGACACAUACGCCUAUCAUCACCUCCUCAGACUGUGAGGGCGCCGGUCAGGUCUUCACUGUUUCCUCCAAUGCCUCCAAGCAGUCUGGCCAGAAGUCGAACCCGCACACGGAAGCUCAGGUAGAGCACUUCUUCCGAAACCCAAAGUAUCUGACCGUGUCCGCCCAACUCCACCUGGAAGCACUUGCCCAAGCCGUGGAGAAGGUGUGGACGCUUUCUCCAGCUUUCCGAGCAGAGCAUAGUGACACGCCGCGGCACUUGAGCGAGUUCUACAUGCUGGAAGCUGAGCUGUGCUUCGUUGAAGACAUGGCAUCAGUCAUGCACCUUGUCGAAAGAAUGCUUCGUACAGUCGCCAUCAAUUUGUCAUCCUCCUCCCUUGGCAGAGAAUUGGCACAAAGCAAGCACUGGCUUGAUAUGCCUGCAGCAGAACAUGUCCCGCGCAGCUCGGACCAAGAUCUUCUGCAAAAGCGAUGGAAAGGUAUGGCCGCCGAGAACUGGCCGCGCAUCACCUAUCACCAUGCCAUUCAGCAUCUUCAAACAGCUGCGAGCGAAAACAAGAUCGCAUUUGCAUUCAAGCCGACCAUCGAAGACGGCUUGCAAGCAGAACACGAACGCUACCUAGCACAAUCCAUCGGCCAAGGCACACCUGUCUUCGUGACGGAUUACCCAAUCCACCAGAAACCCUUCUACAUGCCACCCUCAACGACCACUGCAAACAGCAAGGGCACUUCCGAAACAGCAGCAUGUUUCGAUUUGCUCGUGCCAGAUUUGUGUGAGCUCGUGGGUGGUUCGAUGCGUGAACAUCGAUCAGAACAUCUACUUGCUGCCAUGAGAAGGAAAGGAGUUGCAGGAGAGAACCUUGAAUGGUAUCAAGAUCUGCGAAAAUAUGGAAGUGUGCCUCACGGAGGCUUCGGACUAGGCUUUGAUCGACUGUUAUGCUAUCUCAGCGGCGUCGGCAGCGUUCGCGACAUCGUGGCUUUUCCGCGAUGGUAUGGUCGCUGCGAUUGCUGAUUUUCUCGCACCGCUAUGAUACCUUGCCUUCUACC